UUAUCCAACCUGUUACCGGUUCUUUGCCGUACCAAGUACAGACCCUUCUCCAAACUGAGCGGCAUGGUCUCAUGCAAGUGCUGCUCACUCCUCCCACACUGCCGGGGCCUGCGAUGCUUGGGUGGCAGGCGCCGAUCCCUGUCGUGGAUUAUUCCAGACACCAUUUCUCCACGAAUCAGCGGCCAUCAGGUGGUUGUCCCGUGUGUUGGAGAACACCACUCACGAGGGGGCGACACUCUGCGUAGGGUACGAGGCCGCCGCGGUGUUAUUUCGAGCACCUUUCGACCGACGCCGAGAUGCUCUCGGAGCCCAAUGUCACGGCGCUCGGCCAAGAUUCCGUUCGGCGCAAGUUCAACAUCAACUGCUACUCGUUCCAGCAGGAUGCCAUUGUGACGUUCAAUGGCUUUCAGUACGCAUGCUUUUAUUCUUUCCUCGAAUCAGAGCCGUCGGACACUUCUCCAGAGCCUCUCUAUGUCCAUGUCGCGAGGAGACAGCUGCCGCUUGGCGAGUGGGACGUAAUGGUGCUCGGCGACUACCCUCAAACGACGGACGAUGGACACAACACCGUCCAAAUGGGCAUCUGCCCAGCGGAUGGCACAAUUCAUCUUUCCUUCGACCAUCACUGUGACGCGCUGAAAUACCGCUUCUCCGCCCCCGACGUGGCCACAAGGCCGAAGGACUUCGAAUGGAGGCCCUCCCUCUUCACGCCGACCCUCCAUCACCUCCCCGGUUUGCCAAUGGCGGAUCCCAAGUUCAAAGACGUGACGUACCCGCGUUUCGGGUCAAGCGGCGACUCCAUGUUCUGCUCGUUCCGCGAUGGCAAAGCCGGGCUCGGUAACGACCACCUGUACAUGUACGUGCCCAACAAACGCGAGUUCGUCUUUGUUGGCACACACCUGACAGGCGUCCAGAGCAACCCGUACGUCCACGGCAUGAGCUGGCGCGGCGGCAGGCUCCACGUCACUUGGGUGUACCGCGGCUUCGUGUACUACGAGGGCUGGGACGACCCCCUAGACACCAAGCACAAGCAGCAGGCUGGCCCCAACGGCGCCGAGAAUAACCACGAUAUAUGCUAUGCGUAUAGUGACGACAUGGGGAACACGUGGAGCAACGGCGCCGGUAAGGUCAUCGCCCGUUUGCACGCCGGCGAGACCAUCACAAAUAAUGCCGAGGGCAUCGUCGCGUUUGAAAUUCCCAAGGGCUCGGGUCUCACGAACCAGGAGGCGCAAGCCGUCGACCAAGAGGGAGGGGUCCACGUGUUGAAUAGGGACACCCUAGACGGGGGUCACGGUGCAUGCCCAAUGUGGAAACACUACUACCGGUCGCCGCAUGGCGUUUGGACUCGGCGCCCCAUCCGGCCCGUUACUGGAAGCGCCCGUGGGCGGCUAGCGAUAAGCAAAACCGGCGACCUAUUUAUUGUGCUCCCGGAUUUCGGAGCAUCCGAGAUGCGGGUCCUGAAGGCGUCCAAAGCGAGCGGUUAUGCCAGUUACGACGAGGUUUGGAGGGGCAACAAGCUGACGGGCGAACCACUGGUCGACUCGGCGAGACUCGAGCAGGACAUGGUUCUGUCGGUGAUGGUGUUGGCUGAAGAAGAGGCGACUUUGUCGAGAAAAAGAAACGUUGUCGUGCUGGACUUCCAGCUGUGACUGAUGGUAGGUUGCCGUUCUUG